AUGGCAUUGGAUUUCUUUCAAAACUUGUAUGCAGAGGAGGUAACAUCAGAUAGAGGGUAUGUGCUACCGUCUUACUUUCCUGAGCUCUACAUUGAGUCCUUGCUGAGACGGGUAUCUAUUGGUGAAAUUAGAGAUGCCAUUAUGUCCAUGGGUCCAACCAAAGCUCCAGGGGACGAUGGGUAUCGUGCAGUCUUUUACCAAAGAAAGACUAUGGGAAGUAGUGGGGCGUUCUUUGUGCAACAUGAGAAAGAGGAGUUCAACAAAUCAAUAUAUGGGUGCCUGGUGAAUCCACACGAUUCAGCCUCAGAAUGCCCUUCGUGCCUAAAAGAGACUACAUAUGAGGAAAAUGCGAAUAGAGAUGCGGAUAGAUAUAUUAGUGUGUACUCGGAUGGCAGUGCUGACCUUGAGACCGUACCCGGAUCUUGGGAAUCCUUGUUGUCUCCCCAGACACAGAAGGCUCAUGAAGUUUUAUAUCACGGGGUAACAAACCAAUUGUCGAAAGAAAACUUUAUAUCGACCGAUCUGUUUAAUUUAAAGAGCAGAACGAGCGGGAAAUGUACGACUUUUUUUUCCCAGGAGAUGGGAGAGUACGAACAAGGGGUUAUCCACUCCGAAUACUAG